AUGGUGCUGUUCGAUAACCUGUCGUGCCAUCACUCCAUCGAUGACUUCAGAAACCGAGUCUAUUCCACGCUCUACUCCAUGAUCAGCAUUAUGGGCUUUGUUGGCAAUGGAGUUGUGUUGUAUGUCCUCAUAAAAACCUAUCGGCAGAAGACAGCCUUCCAGGUGUACAUGCUGAACCUUGCCGUGUCCGACUUCCUCUGCGUGUGCACCCUGCCCCUGCGGGUCAUCUACUACGUCCACAAAGGGAACUGGUUCUUCAGUGACUUCCUGUGCAGGGUCAGCUCGUACGCCUUGUACGUCAACCUGUAUUGCAGCAUUUUUUUCAUGACUGCAAUGAGCUUCUUCCGUUGCGUGGCCAUUGUGUUUCCAGUCCAGAACAUCAACCUGGUGACAGAGAGGAAAGCUAAAUUUGUCUGCAUCGGCAUCUGGAUAUUUGUCACCUUGACAAGCACUCCCUUUCUGCGAAACGGGACGUACCAACAUGGCAACAAGACCAAGUGCUUCGAACCCCCAGAAGACUCUCAGAAGACAAAUCUAGUGGUGAUCCUGGAUUUUAUUGCCUUAUUUCUGGGUUUCAUUUUCCCCUUUAUCGUCAUAACUAUUUGCUACACCAUGAUCAUAAGGACCUUACUGAAAAAUUCCUUGAAGAAGAACCAGGCUAACCGCAAGAAGGCGGUCUGGAUGAUCAUCAUCGUGACGUCCACCUUCCUGGUCAGCUUCACCCCGUACCACAUUCUGCGUACAGUCCAUCUCCAUGUGCUGAGGCUGAAGAACGCCAGCUGUGAGGAUGCCAUAUACCUACAGAAAUCGGUGGUGGUAACGCUCCCCUUGGCAGCUGCCAACUGCUGCUUUGACCCACUUCUCUAUUUCUUCUCAGGGGGCAAUUUUCGGAAGAGACUUACAACAUUUAGGAAAGCUUCUUCCUCCAGCUUAACUCAAGCCUUCCGGAAAAAGUUCUCCAUAAAAGAGAAAGAUGAGGAACCCUUUGGAGAAAGUCAUAGGGAGAAUGGGAAGGAAGCUGUGGCCCCUUCCUAA